GUAUUAGCUCAAUAACAAACCGAACUCGAAAUUCCCAACCACCAUCCAUCCAUGGCUGAAACCGAAACCGGAGCUCCACAGACCCACCAAGCCGCAAUACCUUCCUUUAGCAUUUGGCCACCGUCACAGCGAACUCGCGACGCCGUUAUUCACCGUCUAAUCGAGACACUAUCUUCUCCUUCUAUACUCUCCAAACGUUACGGCACCGUUUCCGUUGAAGAUGCUUCCGAUAUCGCUAGACGUAUUGAGGAAGAAGCAUUCAAUUCUUCUGGAUCUUCUUCUUCAUCCAAUGACGACGGAAUCGAGAUCCUUCAAGUAU